AUCAUGUUAAGCUUCAGGACCACUGAUCACAGUGAUCACUGAUCAUAGUGUCGGUGAAUGUGAAAGAGCAUGUCUGUGUCCAGCUCUGUAUGUGUGAACGGGUGAGCGAGCGAGAGCGUUCCAUCAUCUAACUCCUGCCGCUCUUGCUCUCUACGAUAUCCUCCUCCUCCUGAAGAGAGAGAGAGAGAGAGGGAACAGAGAGAGAAAGAGAGAGAGAGAGAGAGAAGGGGGACGACAGCAAGAAGAGAAACAGCACAGAGAGAAAAGGCGCACUCUCUGUUUUUUCUACCGUGCUGCUCUUCUUCUCACCCCCAGCAGGGAAAGAAAGGAGGACAGGAGGUGACUGUCCAUCUUUCUCUCUCUUCUGUCCCUGUUUUUGGGUGGGAGCGCGUGAUUUUUCCACCAGUCGGGGACAGUUUGGAGGGAACUCUAGGGACCAGGGAAACGAGGAGAAGCUGAGAGCCACGAUGCUCAACAACCUCACCGAGUGUGAGGAGGGAGAGGGGGGAGCAAACAUCCAGGGAGAUGGGAAUCCCAAGGAGAGCAGUCCUUUCAUCAACAGCAGUGAUCCAGAGAAGGGCCAGCAGUAUGAUGGCAAAAACAUGGCGCUGUUUGAGGAGGAGAUGGACACUAGUCCCAUGGUAUCGUCUCUGCUCAGUAGCCUUGCCAACUAUUCCAACCUGCCUCAGGGCAGCAAGGAACACGAGGAAGCUGAGAACAAUGAAGGUUCGCGCAAGAAGCCUGUACAGGCUCCACGGAUGGGCACGCUGAUGGGAGUAUAUUUCCCCUGUCUGCAGAAUAUUCUAGGUGUGAUCCUGUUUUUGAGGAUGACCUGGAUGGUGGGAAUUGGAGGCGUCAUCGAGGCCUUCAUCAUCGUCCUUAUGUGCUGCUCCACGACCAUGUUAACUGCAAUUUCAAUGAGUGCCAUUGCCACCAAUGGAGUAGUACCAGCUGGAGGCUCCUACUACAUGAUCUCUCGUUCCCUCGGCCCUGAGUUUGGUGGUGCUGUGGGGAUCUGUUUCUACUUGGGGACCACAUAUGCAGGAGCCAUGUACAUUCUGGGCUGUAUUGAGAUCUUACUGAUCUACAUUGUGCCGCAGGCAGCCAUCUUUAAGAUGGAGGAUUUGGAGGGGCCAGAAGCAGAGGCGGCCAUGUUGAAUAACAUGCGAGUGUAUGGCACCUUGGUGCUGACCUUUAUGGCCGUGGUGGUGUUUGUGGGUGUGAAGUAUGUCAAUAAACUGGCGCUGGUUUUCCUGGCCUGCGUUAUUUGCUCCAUCCUGGCGGUGUAUGCCGGAGUCAUCAAGACUGCCUUUGAACCACCUGUGCUCCCGGUGUGCAUUCUAGGGAACCGGACUCUAGUGUGGAAAGGCUUUGAUGUGUGUGCUAAAGUGAUUGAGAGAGACAAUAUUACAGUCACUACCAAACUCUGGAGUCUUUUCUGUGACUCAGAGUUCCUCAAUGCCACCUGUGACAGCUACUUCGCCAACAACAAUGUGACGGAGAUACAGGGCAUUCCCGGCAUCACUAGUGGUACUCUGAGAGAGAACUUGUUUGGGAAUUACAUGGAAAAGGGUGUUUUUCUGGAAAAGACCCUUCCUUCUGUGGAGGAGCCAGACGCUCUGCCCACCAACACUAAAGCCUAUGUGCUAUCUGACAUCACCACUUUUUUCACACUCUUGGUUGGGAUCUACUUCCCUUCAGUUACUGGCAUCAUGGCUGGCUCGAACCGCUCCGGUGAUCUGCGGGAUGCUCAGAAGUCCAUCCCCAUUGGCACAAUUCUGGCCAUCAGCACCACGUCCUUCAUCUACAUGUCCAGUGUAGUGAUGUUCGGUGCCUGCAUCGAGGGAACAGUCCUGAGGGACAAAUUUGGUGAGGCCAUAAGAGGGAAUCUGGUGAUAGGUACACUGGCAUGGCCAUCUCCCUGGGUCAUCGUCUUCGGUUCUUUCUUCUCCACUUGUGGGGCGGGGCUUCAGAGUUUGACCGGUGCUCCACGUCUUAUGCAGGCCAUAGCCAGGGAUGGGAUAGUGCCAUUUCUUAGAGUAUUCGGCCAUGGCAAAGCAAACGGGGAACCCACCUGGGCUCUGCUCCUGACUGCCUGCAUCUGUGAGAGCGGAAUCCUUAUUGCUUCUCUGGACUCAGUCGCUCCAAUCCUCUCGAUGUUCUUCUUGAUGUGCUAUAUGUUUGUGAACCUGGCCUGCGCUGUACAGACUCUGUUACGGACCCCCAACUGGAGACCUCGCUUCAAAUACUACCACUGGGCUCUGUCAUUCCUGGGCAUGAGCCUGUGUCUCUCGCUCAUGUUCAUCUGCUCUUGGUACUAUGCCAUCGUUGCCAUGGUAAUCGCCAGCUGUAUCUACAAGUAUAUCGAAUUCCGGGGGGCAGAGAAAGAGUGGGGUGAUGGGAUACGGGGGCUGUCCCUGAGCGCAGCACGCUACGCACUGAUGAGGCUGGAAGAAGGACCACCACACACAAAGAACUGGAGACCUCAGAUCUUGGUACUGGUCAGUGUGGAUGCAGAGCAGAAUGUUGAACAGCCUCGCCUGCUGUCUCUGACCAGUCAGCUGAAAGCAGGGAAAGGACUCACCAUUGUGGGCACUGCACUAACUGGAACCUUCCUGAAUGAUCACCCUCUGGCCCAACAAGCCGAACAGUCCCUGAAGAAGCUAAUGGAAACAGAGAAGGUGAAAGGCUUCUGCCAGGUGGUGGUUUCCUCCAACAUCCGUGAUGCCACCUCACACCUGGUGCAGGUCAGUGGACUCGGAGGCCUCCAGCAUAACACUGUGCUCCUCAGCUGGCCACGCAACUGGAAGCAGGCUGAAGAUCAUCAGCUCUGGAGGAACUUCAUUGAGUUGGUCAGAGAGACCACAGCUGCAAGUAAAGCCCUGCUGGUGGCUAAGAAUAUUGCAGCAUUCCCAUCAAAUGGUGAGCGCUUCACUGAAGGUUACAUCGAUGUGUGGUGGAUUGUUCAUGAUGGCGGCAUGCUCAUGCUAUUGCCCUUCCUCCUGCGCCACCACAAGGUGUGGAGGAAGUGCAAGAUGCGCAUCUUCACUGUGGCCCAGAUGGAUGAUAACUCUAUUCAGAUGAAGAAGGACUUGACCACCUUCCUCUACCACUUGCGUAUAGAGGCCCAGAUGGAAGUAGUGGAGAUGCAUGACAGCGACAUCUCAGCCUACACCUAUGAGAAGACCCUGAUGAUGGAACAGCGCUCUCAGAUCCUCAAGCAGAUCAAUCUCACCAAGACAGAGCGUGAGCGUGAGAUCCAAAGCAUAACUGAUAGUUCCCGUGGUUCGAUUCGUCGCAAGAACCCAGCAACAGUCAACACCCAUCUGAGUGUGACUGAGGAAGGAGCAUCCAGCAGCAAGGAGGAUAAACCGGAGGAGGAGGAACAGCUCAUCCAUGAUAAGAGCACUAACCCGCCAACACCCGCCACCCCACAGUCCCCUGCCACUGAGGUCGUGACUCCCAGCACAGCUGUCCAGAUGACCUGGAGCGAGGCCAAAUGUGAUGGAGAGCAGCCCAAACCGCCAGGAGCUGGCACACCUGGGGCCAUCAAAGACCUGUUCAGUAUGAAACCAGAGUGGGAGAAUCUAAACCAGUCCAACGUGAGACGCAUGCACACUGCUCUCAGACUCAAUGGUGAAAUCGUGAAGAAAUCUGGGGAGGCUAAGUUGGUCCUGCUCAACAUGCCUGGCCCACCCAAGAAUAGGACUGGAGAUGAGAACUAUAUGGAGUUCCUUGAGGUUCUAACAGAGGGUCUCAACCGGGUCCUCCUCGUGCGUGGGGGAGGUCGUGAGGUCAUCACCAUCUAUUCUUGAAAGAACAGCUCGCAUCAGCACAUACCCACCCCCAGCCUCAACCACUCAACUCCAAAUUUCUCAUUCACAUAUCCAACCCCAAAACAUUCCCUUACCACACCCAAGCAAUAUUCCAGAAUACCCUUAGCUUAUCUUACCCCCACCCUAAAAUGGAGCCACCACAGAUCCACUUAUUACCCUCUCUCCUUGUUUAAUGAGCCCUCAGAAAGGCCCCUUUUACUCAUUUUCCAUUGUGUUCUCUUAUUGGCCACUGCAUGUUCUUGGCCUGCUCGCAUUUUUUGUUGUUUGUGAUCCGAUGAUCUAUGAUUUGCCUGCCAAGUUCAGUGCCACAUAUGAUACGAGGAAAAACUAUUGAUGUCAGUACAUUUCUGCUGCAUUCCUGAUGUUUUCUCCAACCCUUACUUUUCUCAUCCAAUCAGGAGAUGUUAGAGGGUUGCAGAAGUAGAACGGGCAAGGUGUUAUGAGAUAUCUGCUUCCUGUAAAGCUUUUAUUUGUUUUUCUUUUUGUAAUGUUAUUAUUUAUUUAUUUAUUUAAAAAAUCAGAACUUGCCAGAAAGACAACAGAAGCCAGACAAGCUGAAGAUCUGUCAGUCGUUACAUCACUGUGAUGAAGCGAUGGAUUUGGUGAUGGACUCGGACCGAGGAGCUGACAAAGAUGGUGGCACGGCACUAUUUCUGCCACAUUGUGGGCUGAUUUCCCAGAAGUCAUCUGUCAUCAGUAAGACUGACAGUCACGGAAAGAGACUCUCACGCUGUGAUGUUUCAGUUUGAUGUGGCCGCUUUCACCACCCACGUAGUGUGCUAGGAGAAAUUCAAGGUGGAAACACUUAGAUUCCCCAGACUGCACUGGGAAACAUACAUCUGUGCUCUGUUUUCUUGACACAGUUCUGCCAUUUUAUUUGUGUUUAUUUGCGUGCCUAAUUGUUAUCCUCUGUGUAUGCCCUGACAUUUUCACUUCUCCUGGUUGGAUGUGGAUAGCUAUUCCCUGCCAACCACAAUAUGUGCCAAAACAAUAGUGGGACGAUCUGUGAUUUGCUGUCUCAAAAUGGCAGAAAAAGAAAAACAAACAGGACUUAUCUGUAUUAUUUGAGUGUUAUAAGUGAGAGGGAAUACGUAACAAACAGAAUGUUGGAGGAGGUGUGGAUAAAAGUCUAAACAGUGUGUAAUCUCUGAGGCAUUGAGAAAUAUUGGUUCUCCGGGAAUCACUGGUCAGGAAGUGACCUUAUGUCACAGGGUUGACUCUAAGAGUCUUCAGGAUGGCUUUAGGCUUCUCACUGUGGCAUUAGGAAGUUUACCGUAUUGUACUGUAGCCCCUUUCACGAGCACUCAACCUGCACUGGCAGCCACUGUGUAACAAGUGAUUUAAUGAGUCUGUGGAUUCAUUAAGUAAGUGUGUGUGUGUGUGUGUGUGUGUGUGUGUGUGUGUGUGUGUGUGUGUGUGUGUGUGUGUGUGUGCGUGUACACGUGUGUGCAUGUUCGUAUAAUCCAUCUGUGGGAACUUGAAGAUGUUUUCGCUUUUUACAAACAGGAAAACAUAUAUGUUUGUUACAUUUACAGAAAAAUCUAUAUAAAGUAUCUUUACCACUAUUAUAUAUAAUCUGUAUUGGACCACGCCAAAAUAUCUUCGUAAAAAUCAUAGAACUAUAUAUGAUACUAUGAUACAGAUGUUGAUUGUGCCAUAUGACUGACAGUACAUAUCAGUUGAAAUACUAUUAGUUUGAGCUAACUUGAACAUACACAGGAAGAAGUAAAAACCGUCAGUGGACAGAAAGGAAGCAUGUCCUUAAGUCCAGAAACUCCACGCAGUGCCAAUCAUAUGCGAAUCGCAUACAAGUUGUGGUCUGGAUGGAAUCGCUGAAGGAGAUCUUUGCAAAAUAUCUUUUACAAUCGAGUAGUUCAAAGUGAAAUGAAUGUUAGAGAUGAGUAAGAUCUGCAAGUGCGUAGAGGACUGGUUGUGCAAUAGCUGAAACUGGGAAAGUCAAAUAAUCAUUGCAUUAUUUAUUUUUGUAUGCAGAUAUUUUAUAUGUGUGGGCUUUAUUUUGUUGCGUUUUAACAUAAAACCAGUCAGAGUUUAAGUCUAGGUUUCGUUUCUCCUCGGAGAAAAAACGUUAUCGUUGCUUGCACUUCACUAAUAGCAAAUGAGUAUCGAUCGAUCUAUCCAUCAAUUUUCUCUACCGCUUAUCUUACAUAGGGUCACGGGGAGCCUGGAGCCCUUCCCAGGGGACUUGGGGCACAGGACACCCUGAACGGAGUGCCAACCCAUUGCAGGGAAUAAUCACGCACCCACUCACACACUACGUACAAUCAACAUGAGUCUUUGGACCGGGGGAGGAAACCGGAGUACCCGGAGGAAACCCCCGAAGCACGGAGAGAACAUACAAGCUCUGUGCAUGCAGGGCAUAGGUGAUAUUUGAACCCCCAACCCUGGAGGUGCAAGGCAAACGUGCUAACCAUGC